GGACAUUCAACCUAUGAUAAAUUAAUUAUUCUUUUAUUUCAUUUUAUAUAUAUGCCUUCAUGUUUAAGGCCAUAAAAUGAAUAUUCUAUGCUAGACAAAUGGAAGUCGAUCAGAUCUUAAAACAUCAUGUGGGAAAGGCAUACACAUCAUGCACGCAUAUCAUUAUGAUUUAUCCCCUUUUUUAUAUAUAUAUUAUAGAUUUUGUUGUGAUGUUUAAUACUUUCUUAAAGCAGGAAAGGAAUUGGGACCGAAAGAUAGGGAUGGCCUUCACAGGAGGUAGCACUUCCCGACUUCGCUGUGCGGGGAGAUGUGGGGCUCCCAUCGUGCAUGCUGGCCUUUCACCUCAAUGGCUUGCUACUCUACUCCGUCAUCCACGCGUCUCUCGUAAGGCGGGCGUCAGUUCUUUGCCCAUUGUCUUCUUGCUCUGCGAGCCCCAUCUCUCUCUCUCUCUCUCUCUCUCUCUAGAACUUCUCCUGCGUGUUCGUUUUCUAUAUUUACAUCAAGUGGAAGGGAAGUCGAGCUCUUCCUCUGGCCUUCUGCACGAUUGCGUGCAGUCACAGUGGGAGAGCGAGGUUGCAUGGAUGGAGAUCUCUAAUGCUCACCACCAGGUUUGCAUGGGUGACCUUCUUCCGCUAGAAGAAGUUGGAAGUGGGAGCUCUACGGCACAGCAGCUGCAGCAGCAGGAGAGGAGGGGGAGGCCACAACCAGAGCAGGCCGUCGAGUGCCCCAGGUGUCAAUCCACCAACACCAAGUUCUGCUACUACAACAACUACAGCCUCUCCCAACCCAGGUACUUCUGCAAAGGAUGCAGAAGAUACUGGACCAGAGGUGGCUCUCUAAGGAAUGUUCCUGUUGGUGGUGGCUGCAGGAAGAAUAGAAGGCCAUCAUCCUCUCUCUCCUCCUCCUCCUCCUCCACCGCCACUACCUUGGCUUCUAAGAGGCGAUCACAGCAAUCACUGGCCACCAACUUCAACCUACCUCUCCCUGGUGUCAUCCCACCUCCACCCUCGUUUGAUCCAGAUGGCCUCAGCUCACCCUUCGCGAGGAUCCACAAUCAACAACAUACCCCACGGCAAUUGUUGGAUGACCAUGGAGCUUUCCUGCUUGGAAACCCUGCUGCCCCAGAGAUUUUGAACGCCAUCGCUACUCCAAACAGCUUCAGCAACAUCUACUAUGGGUAUGGUAGCAAUGCCAGUAUUGAGGAGGAGGCAGCGAUACCUCGUGAUGGAGGAUUGUGCGGUGCAACUACAACAGCAGCGACAACUGUGACUACCGCCCAGGCCUCCUGCAGCACGAUGGAUGAAGGUGGCAACGAGGUGUUUACAUGUCUCCAAUGGCAGCUCCCUGGGGAUGGAAACAUGGAUCAUAUGGACUUUGGAAGAGAUCACCAGUGGAACGAGGUUGGUUCCACCUGGCCUGGUGAAAUGGUGGAUAUCUAGUUAUAAUGCCCAUGAUAUCCUUGGAAGCAUCCUACUCUCUCAUUUCAUCUCUGCUAUAUGAAUGUGAACCUUUCUUUCUCCCUUCCAUUUCUUGUUUCUAAUCUACUGUGAGUGUGAUUGGACAAUUACUACAUUAAAUGAGACACUGAAAAAGAGCAAUGCCAUGCGGCUGGUGCAUACA